GUACAGAGAGCUCUGGUGUUAUUCCUGGGAUCCACUGAAGUCAGUUUCCUAGCUUAGGAGUCACGGCUCCCAGUGCUCUUACUACCAUUGGAACCACUUUGUCCUUCAUUACUCACAUUCCACAGAAGCAGUUUGGUCCAGUGGUUAAGGCACUACACUAAAAACCAGGAGACUGAAUUCUACUCACGCCUUAGGUGAGAAAGGCUUAGACUGGGUGACUUUGGGCCAGUCACCUCUCUCUCUCAGGCCAACUAAACUCACAGGAGAAAAUAGGAAUAUUUGAUAUCAUCAUGUCAUUGAGUUAUUUAUAAAAAUUGUGAAGAUGGAAUGUAAAUAAAUAAAUAAAACCUUUCUAGUUCUUCCUUCAUGCUCUGGUACUCUUUCUUCGCCUUCUCUUUUUCCUCCUCCUCCUCCUCCUCCUCCCCCUGUUUCAAAGAAGCAAGGUAAAAACUAGAAAACAUUUAGAGGGAAAAGAAGAAAAGAGGUAAGAAAAGGACAAAGGCAAAAGUGCAGAAAAAAGGAGAGAGAAAAACAAUAUAAAGAAGUGACUUCCGAUUUUCUUUUACAACAGUUGGGAAACCGAUUUUCACCAAGAUGAUAUCGUUUAUAAAAGAAGAACACAGAGAAGUGCUAUGAGCUGUAGUGGAAAUUGUUACUGGCCCAGAUCAGAAGAUGGCCUGGUCAAGAUCCCAGUUAAUAUCUCCCCUGAGUUUUCCAUGGAGCACAAAGAUGUGAUAAUUAAAGCAAUGGAAGAAUUUGUCAUCUUGACAUGCAUCAAGUUUAUCAAACACACAGUAGAAUAUGACUACAUAAACGUUGUCCCUGGAGACAGAUGCUGGUCCUACUUUGGAAAGAUUGGAGGCAGACAGCAACUCAGUUUGUUGAAAAAUGGCUGCAUGUAUAAAGGAUUGAUUCAGCAUGAGCUCAACCACGCACUAGGUUUUCUACAUGAACAAACCCGCAGCGACCGAGAUAAUUAUGUUAAAAUUAACCUGGAAUAUGUUGCCAAAGGAGAACGGGGGAAUUUUGAAAAAGGGAACACCACCAAUCUGGGUCUUCCAUAUGACUAUGAUUCAGUUAUGCAUUAUGGCGCGUAUGAUUUUUCUAAUACUGCUGGAAAACCAACCAUUAUCCCCAUUCCUAACGAAUCUGUACCAAUUGGUCAAAGAGUAGGGCUGAGCAACUUAGAUGUGAAAAAAAUCAAUAAGCUCUACAGCUGCAAUGAUUGUAGCACUGUGCUACGUAAUCCAGAUGGUCAUUUCUGCUCUUAUAAUUACCCCCAUUCAUAUCCCAGAAACAUCACCUGCUUGUGGCUCAUCCAAACUCUACAAGGAAAGGUCUUUCUGAGUUUUCACGUUCUUGAUCUCCAGAGUUCUCCAAAUUGUUCCUCUGAUUAUAUCCGAAUUUAUGAUGGAAGCAGUAGAAAAGGUCGGAUUCUCGUUGACAAGUGUUGUGGGACAGGGCAAUUGCCUGCUGUGUUGGCUUCUGGGAACACAAUGCUUAUAGAAUUUGUAAGUGAUGAAGAUGAGACUGCAACAGGAUUUAUGGCCUCUUACACACAUGUAAAGUGUGGAGGAACGUUCACAAAUACUUCCGGAGCCAUUACUACUCCAAACUUUCCUAAAAAAUACCCUCCAAAUCAAGCUUGCCUAUGGAUUAUCAGUGCUCCUCCAGGAAACAAGAUAUCUUUGACCAUGACCUCUUUUGAGCUGGAAGACAUUGAUGGUUGCAGAUACGACAGACUUGUGCUUUAUGAUGGUAGUCAAAGCAGUUCUUCACUUAUCGGCACUUUCUGUGGAAAAAUGGAAGUUCCUCCUUAUACUUCUACUGGAAACUUCCUUCGUAUAGAGUUUUACACUGACUUUGCUUUUCAGCUUUCUGGAUUCAAGAUGGACUACUCAAUUAAAUAGAAUGUCUAGAAUUUCUGAACAUCAGUUUGUGGGCUGUGUUAUGAAAAAUUAUCAAAUACU